AUGUCCAUUAUGGGAAGAUGCCGCGUGCCCCAUCUCCUAGUUCUUCUCACAUUCGUGCUCACCGGGGAGCGAAUUGAGGCACAAAGAGCAGGUUGCAAGAAUGUUCACUAUGACCUUGUCUUCAUCUUGGAUGCCUCCUCCAGCGUCGGAAAAGAAGAUUUUGAGAAAGUUCGGCAGUGGGUGUCUAAUUUGGUGGAAACUUUUGAGAUUGGCCCAGACAAAACCCGUGUAGGUGUGGUGCGAUACAGUGAUCGUCCAACCACAGAGUUUGACCUGGGAAAGUACAAAACCCGUGAGGAAAUCAAAGAGGCUGCACGAAACAUUAAGUAUUAUGGGGGUAAUACGAACACUGGAGAUGCUCUCAGGUACAUCAACACCUACAGUUUUUCCAAAGAAGCUGGUGGGAGACUUAGUGAUCGAACUGUUAAAAAAGUGGCUAUCCUUCUGACUGAUGGAAGGAGCCAGGAUUAUGUCUUGGAUCCAGCCACUGCAACUCAUCAGGCUGGGAUUAGGGUCUUUGCUGUGGGUGUUGGCGAAGCCUUAAAAGAGGAACUCGAUGAGAUUGCUUCAGAACCCAAGUCUGCUCACGUGUUUCAUGUCUCCGAUUACAACGCCAUCGAUAAAAUUCGGGGAAAGCUGAGAAGACGUCUGUGUGAAAAUGUUCUGUGUCCAAAUGUCCACGUGGAAGGAGAUCGAUUCAAACACACCAGUGGAGGGACUGAUGAGAUUCCAGGAUUUGACCUGAUGGAUUCAUUCAGUGUGAAACAGAUUUUUGGAAUGAAAGAAAAUGGAAUUCAGAGCGCUUAUGUACGACUUGGAAGCUUUCCUGUUGUUCAGAAAACUGAGGAUGUAUUUCCUCAAGGUCUGCCUGAUGAAUAUGCCUUUGUAACUACCUUCAAAUUCCGGAAGGCUUCCAGGAAAGAAGACUGGUAUAUUUGGCAGAUUAUUGACAAGUAUGGCAUACCACAGGUCUCGAUCCGACUGGACGGAGAGAACAAAGCUGUGGAGUACAAUGCCAUUGGGCUCACCAAGGACGCCGUGAGAGUGGUCUUCCGAAAUGCACGAGUCAGUGAUCUUUUUGACCGCAGCUGGCACAAAAUUGCCCUCAGCAUUCAGUCAAAGGCUGUCUCACUUUACAUAGACUGCGGACUGGUGCAGGUGCUGCCUAUUGAAGACAGGGAAAAUAUUGACAUUCAAGGAAAGACUGUGAUUGGCAAACGCUUGUAUGAUAGCGUCCCCAUUGAUUUUGAUCUUCAGCGGAUGGUUAUUUACUGUGAUUCUCGGCAUGCUGACUUGGAGACCUGCUGUGACAUUCCCUCUGGACCAUGCCAGGUCACGGUCCUGACGGAAGCACCUCCCCUGGAAGUGAGGCCCACUGUUGGCAACGAGCAAGUGGGCCACCUCAAGACUGUCAACUGCUCCUGUCCUGCUGGACAAAAGGGGGAGAGAGGUCCAAUUGGUCCUGAAGGUCCUAAAGGUCAAAAGGGAGAAAGUGGCAGCCAAGGGCUUCCUGGGCUCAGAGGAGAAAAAGGAGAGUCAGGCAGAGCCUACGGCAGAGGAGAAAAAGGAGAAAAGGGGUCCCUGGGCUCACCUGGCCCCCCUGGGAAGGAUGGAGCAAAAGGCGAAGCCGGUGAACCAGGACAGCCAGGAGCAUUUGGGCUGCCUGGGCCAGCAGGUCCAAAGGGAUCUGAGGGAAAACAGGGUCCUCCAGGAAUUAAAGGCUACGUAGGAGCACCGGGAGAACAAGGCCUAGAUGGGUUCCCUGGCAAGCCAGGUGUGGAGGGGAAACAGGGCCCUGCUGGCAGCCCGGGCCCUCCAGGUGCCAGUGGGACCAAAGGAGAAAAGCACAGCACUGGUGAACCAGGACUUCCAGGAUUGCCUGGCUCGUCAGUGCGUACUGAAGGCCUAAAAGGAGAGCAAGGAGAGCCUGGGCUACAAGGACCACAAGGCCAACCUGGACUUCCUGGACCUCCGGGAGAGGCUGGUCUGGAAGGCAAGCCUGGAGUCCCUGGUUUACCAGGUCAAAGGGGUAAAAAGGGAGAGCCUGGAUUCCCAGGAAUCAAUGGUCUGAUCGGCCCUCAGGGACCUCCAGGGCCCCCAGGCAUUGCUGGACCCCCUGGACCACCUGGAGCACCAGGACUGCCAGGAGAGAUUGGAGUUUCUGGUAAAACCGGACCACUGGGGCCAGCUGGGUUGCCUGGCAAAGAUGGAUUAAAUGGGCUUCCUGGGCUUCCAGGACAAAAGGGAGAACAAGGGGAAAAGGGUGAGGAAGGCUUUCCUGGAAAAGCUGGCCCUAAGGGUGAACCAGGGAGCCAUGGCCAACCUGGUGAGGAGGGUGAAGCAGGUCUUCCUGGUCCUCAGGGUUUACCUGGACUGAGAGGAGAAAAAGGAGACCAGGGAGAAAAAGGAAAAGGUGGUCUCCCAGGGUUGAAAGGUGAAAGAGGAGAAAAGGGUGACACGGGUUCCCCUGGACCACCAGGUUUACCUGGAACAACAGCCUUCUUCACCCCACACCCUAGGAUUCCUGGUGAACCUGGACCAAAGGGGGAGAAAGGAGAUCCAGGAACGAGCGGAGAACCUGGAUUACCUGGGGUCCCAGGUGAACAAGGUGUCCCAGGACCUGCAGGAGGACAGGGCACAAAGGGGCAGAAAGGAGCCCGAGGUGAAGCCGGAGCCCCUGGAGAGACUGGUGUGACUGGACCAGCAGGGCCCCCAGGUCCAAGAGGCUUGCCAGGAAAUGUGGGUGUGCCUGGAGGCCCUGGACUACCAGGAAAGGAGGGAACAAAGGGGGAAAAGGGUGAUCCUGGAAAAGAAGGAAAAGUGGGUUUACCUGGGCCAGCUGGUGAGCCAGGGCCUGCUGGAGAGCCAGGUUUGCCUGGUAAGGGUAAAGAUGGAGAACAGGGGCAAAGAGGCCCACCAGGCUUGCCAGGACCCUUUGGACAUAAGGGUGAGAGGGGAGCUCCUGGCCUCCCUGGACAGCCAGGAGACAGAGGUGUGCCAGGAAUCGGUCUGGCUGGACCCCCUGGCCCUCUGGGACCCCCAGGAGACAAAGGGUCAUUGGGUCCCCGCGGUGUACCUGGUAUCCCUGGACCACAGGGGCCUCCUGGCCAGGAUGGUCUACCUGGAAAUCCAGGGGAAAGAGGACCUCCUGGAAAACCAGGUUCCUCACCCCUGCUCUCUCCAGAGGACAUAAAUCUAUUAGUAAAGGAUGUGUGCAGUGAAUGCCCUCCUGGCCCACCAGGACUGCCAGGCAUCCCGGGUUUCAAAGGUGAUAAAGGUCUCCGAGGACCACCAGGUAGAGAUGGCCAGGAUGGGAAAAUGGGGAAUGCUGGUCCCAGAGGUCCUGCAGGCCCACCUGGGCUGGAUGGCCCAAAGGGUGCUAAAGGAGACCGUGGUAUGACUGGGGAUGCAGGAGAAAAAGGUGAACAGGGCCACCCUGGAAUACCUGGCUUCUCAGGGGCUCCUGGAAACCCUGGUCCACCUGGACCAGAUGGGGCACCAGGACCAAUAGGACCAGCAGGAAACCCAGGAGACAUAGGUAAAGAUGGCCCUCCAGGUCCACAGGGCCCACCAGGGCUGCCUGGACUGCCAGGCAUUGCUGGGAAUGACGGCAAAGAUGGCAAGCCAGGAUCUCUUGGGGAACCGGGAAAGCCUGGAGAACCAGGGCUCCCAGGCCAGGAGGGUGCCAGAGGUUUACCGGGUUUCAAAGGACAGAGAGGAGAUACAGGUCCCCCAGGUCCCCGGGGGGAGCCAGGUGCGACAGGUCCUGCUGGGCGUGAGGGGCCACCAGGGAAGGAUGGUGAUACCGGUCCCAUAGGACCACAGGGCCCUCGAGGACUCAGAGGGCAACCGGGCAAGAAUGGAUCGCCUGGAUCCGCAGGAGAACCUGGCCCAGCAGGUAACCCAGGUCCUAAAGGAAAUAAAGGAGAAAACGGCAGCCCAGGACUCCCUGGCUUUGUAGGACCCCGAGGACCACCUGGAGAACCAGGAGAGAAGGGUCCUCCUGGAAAAGAGGGUGCACCAGGGAAACCAGGUGACAUUGGCUCCAAAGGAGAGAGGGGAGAGCCUGGCAUCAAAGGUGAAAAAGGCCCUCAAGGAGAAAAGGGCCCUCCAGGUGAUCCUGGGAUACCUGGUCAUAAAGGCCAUCCAGGACUGAUGGGUCCUCAUGGACCCCCAGGAGACACUGGGCAAGUUGGACCUCCCGGUCCUCCAGGACAGCCAGGAUUUCCAGGACCAAGGGGGGAAUCCCCAUCUCUAGAGACUUUGAGAAGGCUCAUCCAAGAGGAGUUAGCCAAGCAGCUAGAUGCAAAGUUAGCCUAUCUCCUGGCUCAGAUACAGCCUGCACAUGUAAAAGCGUCCCAUGGCAGACCAGGACCUCCUGGUCCCCCCGGGAAGGAAGGACUCCCAGGAAGAACUGGCCCUCCAGGAGAGCCUGGACAACCUGGACUGACUGGGUCUGAAGGGCCACCUGGACCAAUUGGACCUAAAGGAGAAAGAGGAGCAAAGGGUGAGAGGGGAGACACUGGCAUUGGCCAACGAGGAGAAAUAGGUCCUCCAGGAAUUCCAGGCCUCCCAGGGGAGCCUGGCUAUGCCAAAGAUGGGAUGCCAGGGCCACCUGGCCCUCAAGGCGAAGCUGGUGUGCCUGGUCUCACGGGUCCACAGGGACCUCCGGGAGCCAACGGACAGUGUGACCCCACUCAGUGCGCUUACUAUGCAAGCCUGGCUGCCAGACCCGUUAAUGUCAAAGGGCCCUAG